AGGACUAGGCAUGAGAGACCAGGGGAAAAGGCAGAAGAGCAGAGAGAGCAGGGAAGAUAACUAAAGAGAGAAUGUGUCAGGGGUUAUGUAAGAAAUGAGGAAAGAAGACAUGGCCAUGGACGAAAGAUGACAAACAGCUUUUAGAAUUAGACUCUGUAAUAACACAAAUGAGAAGCAGAAAAUAUGAGAUUUGGAGUGCUGACAAAAGAUGUGAACAGAGAGAGAGAGAGACAGGGAGGGUUGGUGCAGGGAUGACAGGCACUCAGUCAGCUCUGAGCUGGCCAAUCCAAGAGCUAAACUACUGCAGUGGAAGAGUCAGCAAGGAUUCUCCCUUGUGCUCACACGCACACAUACAUGCACACAGACGAAGUGCACAGAACGGAGAGAUUCACAUUUGGGGAGUAGAGCAGCACAACGGAAAUGGUGCGAGAGGCACGGAAAACUGGAGUUGGACAUUCAGCAGGAGAGAAAAUGCUUUUCUGGAACCAUCUCAUGAGGUAUUUCAAGAUGGCCUGUGUCUCUGCACAACUUUGCUAAACCCUUUCUAAACCCAAUACCAAUUGUUUCCUGAAGCAGAAGUCCUCUGAGUCCAUUAUGUAAAUGCAUUUGUACAGCCAUGCUGAUAUGGAUGACUGAAACAUGAGCAUCAUAAAAGCUUUCUGAACCUAUGACUCUGGCCCUUCUUUCUUCUUGGAUCUCAUUUCUCUAAAAUAGCACCAAAGGAAGGUUACAGCUGUGAGGGUUACAGAACUGGCUGUAGGGGGCGGAUGAAAAAGAAGCUCAUGAAGCAGAAGAUAGCCCAUAUCCAUAGGAAUAUACUUGCUUCUGGAUUAUCUCAAUCAUUUGGAAUAUUGUGAUACCUUGGGAAAACACAUUAUUUUGGAAUAUUGGAAAUAUUGUUAUUACUGACCAUUAUGAAGGUGGGUCCAACUUCAUGUCUGUGUCCUGUGCUUCUCUGUCUCUGCUUCCUGGAGAGAGGCUAUGGGGUAAGUCACCACGGACAGGCCAGGAUGAUCUCUAGGAAUCACAACCUCACUCACAGUCACAACCAUACAAAAGAUGGGGAGACAGAAGUCCACCACAGACCAAAGCGGGGAUGGAUAUGGAACCAGUUCUUUGUACUGGAGGAGCACAUUGGACCAGAUGCACAGUAUGUAGGAAAGCUUCAUUCAAAUUCAGAUAAAGGCGAUGGUUCUGUCAGAUAUAUCUUAAGUGGGGAAGGAGCAGGAACUAUCUUCAUAAUCAAUGAGAUAACAGGAGAUAUCCAUGCUACCAAGAGUCUGGACCGGGAGAAAAAGUCCCAUUAUGUUCUCCAUGCUCAAGCCAUUGACCUGAACACCAACAAACCCUUGGAACCAGAGUCUGAGUUCAUUAUCAAAGUGCAAGACAUCAAUGACAACGCACCCAAAUUCCCUGAUGGCCCUUUCAUCACGUCUGUCCCUGAGAGGUCAGAAGUCGGUACAUCAGUAUUCCAAGUGACAGCAACAGAUGCUGAUGACCCCACCUAUGGAAACAGUGCUCGAGUGGUGUAUAGCAUUUUGCAAGGACAGCCAUACUUCUCUGUAGACCCACAAACAGGAGUAAUCAGAACAGCAUUGCCUGACAUGGAUCGAGAAGCAAGAGAGCAUUAUACAGUGGUCAUCCAGGCCAAAGACAUGGCAGGACAGGUGGGAGGACUCUCAGGCUCCACUACGGUUAACAUCACACUUACUGACGUCAAUGAUAACCCUCCCAAAUUUCCUCCAGAAAGCUUCCAGGUGUUUGUGCCUGAGUCUGCCCAGGUGGGGAAACCAGUGGGAAAGAUCAAAGCAGAAGAUGAAGAUGUGGGCAUCAAUGCUGAAAUCAAAUACAGUAUUAUUAACCAGGAAGGAGCCAAUGUAUUUUCAAUAGCUACAGACAAAGACACACGAGAGGGCAUCAUUAGUCUGAAAAUGCCACUUAAUUAUGAAAAGAAGAGACAGUACACUCUGCAUAUCGCAGCAGAGAACACACACCUUGACCCUCGCUUCUCCCAUCUGGGAUCAUUUAAGGAUAAUGCCACUUUCAAGAUCACAGUUGGGGAUGUGGAUGAACCACCUGUUUUCUCAAUGGAUUACUAUAUUAUGGAUGUCUAUGAGAAUGCAAAAAUUGGCACAGAAGUUGGAUCAGUUACAGCACAAGAUCCAGACAGCAAGAAUAGCCCGAUCAGGUAUUCCAUAAAGCAAAGAGAAGGAAGUGAGGGAUAUUUUGAUAUUGAACCUAUCAGCGGGCUCAUUAGAACCACUCACCUCCUGGACAGAGAGGACAUAGCCUGGCACAACAUCACUGUCAUGGCAAAAGAAAAGGAUAACCCAAGUCUUCUGAGUCAUGUUCCCAUCACAAUUCAGGUGCUAGAUGUAAAUGACAACCCUCCAGAAAUCAUCACAGAGGACGAAAUCCUCAUUUGUGAAAGCAUAAGAGCGGGACAGAUCAUCCAGACAAUCAGUGCUGUGGAUAAGGAUGACUUUGCAAAUGGACCAAGAUUUUAUUUCUCUUUCCCUGGAGGAAUUCUGAUUAAUCCCAACUUUACCUUAAAGGACAAUGAAGACAGCACAGCUAGUAUUGUAGCGAGACGGCGCCGUUUCCACAGAUUGACUCAGGAGAUAUAUGAGCUGCCCGUGGUGGUGUGGGAUGGAGGUGAGCCCCUACUGAGCAGCACCAGCACACUAACCCUGCAUGUGUGCCAGUGUCAGCGAGGUACCCAGUACAAAAUCUGUCAGGGCGAGGCUUUCCUUUCUUCUGCAGGCCUCAGCACUGGCGCGCUUAUCGCCAUCCUGCUGUGUGUGCUAAUACUGCUGGCAAUCGUGAUUCUGUUCAUCACUUUGCGGCGAAGCAAGAAAGAGCCACUGAUUAUCUCAGAGGAAGAUGUUCGUGAAAAUGUGGUUACCUAUGAUGAUGAAGGCGGAGGUGAGGAAGACACUGAGGCUUUUGACAUAAUUGCUCUGCGCAAUCCUGAAGCUGCUGAAGAGCUCAAGUUCCGGCGAGAUGUUCGGCCCGAGGGGGGUUAUCGCAGGUCAACAAGGAGACCCUGCCACUAUGGUUGUAACCGUCAUAGUCCCAGCUCACUGGAGACAGAUGGGGAUACAGAUGUCCAUGACUUCAUCAAACAGAGACUAGCAGAGGCAGACCAGGAUACUAGUGUACCCCCUUACGAUUCGCUACAGACUUACGCAUAUGAAGGUCAAGGGUCGCCGGCAGGAUCCAUCAGUUCCCUAGGCUCAGCUGGAAACCUUUCUGAACAGAACUACAGCACCUUGGAUGAGUGGGGUCCAGAAUUAAAAAAACUAGCUGAACUCUCUGGGGAGGAAGCAGAUAUGGAACAUGAACCAAAUGCAAAUGAGCCUGAUGAACGCACUUAAUUUUUUAGACUGUUUAAAAAAACUUUGAACACACACAUGUGCACACACACAUACACACACACACACACACAAAUAACAGAGCUAAACUGCUCUCUUUUGCUAUCAUGGAUGUCAUUGUUUUAUCAAUAAAGUGAAACAUUUUCAGACUGUUAUCCUGCUGAAAAGACCUGCAUUUUUCUUCUCGUAACGUUGGAGGAGAUCAAUUUGAGGAGGAAAACUUAAAAAGAAAAACAACAAUAGAAAAAGUUCAAUAUUUUCCCUGGUGUAUAUUUUUUAUUGCUCAAUAAAGUCCUAAAUGUGGACACAUGGAUAUAUGUGAUAAAAAGUGUAACUAAUCAUUUUCUGUCUAGAAUAAAUUGACAGUCUAGAGUACUAUGGGGAAAACCAAUUUUCAGGGUUAUUGCUGACAUAAAAUAAGUAUUUUUGUAAUACUUUGUAAUACAGUAGCUAUUGCAUAGGUGCAGGAUAGCUUGUGUUAUUCAUUUUUUGAGUUUUACAAUAUGAUGUGCAUAAUUCACCCAGCAUAUUCUGUUGUUAGGCUAAUAUAUGGCGCCUAGGAAGCCCACAACAUUAAUAAAUGUUAAUGCAUGAGAGCAGUAUACAUUUUUCAAACAUGUCUUCAGAGACUAUAACAACAGCCUUCAUUGAUGACAUGUUCAGGCGCAUUAUAAUAAUAUAUCUUUUGAUUAGCACUUCCGUAUCGGUGUUAAUUAUUACACAUAAAGUUUCCUUUUAUUACAUCCAGAUAGGCUCCUCAGGCACUAGCUUCUCUUUCAGCCCUUGUGUUUUAGGUAGACUAGACAAAUGAAAGGAGGCAUUAAUGAAUAUUAGUGUUUAUGUACAUGCAUGUAUGUCUGUCAAAUGGAACAGUCCCUGUUGAACAGCAUCUCUAGCUAGAAAGCUUGACAUAAUCUAGAAUUGAUUUACUUCAUACGCACACAUUGGGGCUCAUGUAUCACGCUGGAUUUAGAAUGUAUUUCAUAUACAGUGGCAAGAAAAAGUUUGUGAACCUUUUGGAAUUUCAUGGUUUUCUACAUAAAUUUGUCAAAAAUGUGAUCUGAUCUUCAUCUAAGUCAAGGGUAUUGACAAAUAUAAUGUGCCUAAAAUAAUAACACAAAAUAAAUUCUGAUCCCUCAUGUCUUUAUUGAACACACUCAUUCAACAUUCAAAAUGGCAGUGGAAAAAGUAAGUGAACCCUUAGAAUUAAUAACUGGUUGACCCCCCUUGGCAGCAAUAAACUCAACCAGGUGCUUCCUGUAGCUGUGGAUCAAACCUGCACAUCGUUCAGGAGGAAUUUUCUUCCUGGCAGAACUGCUUUAGCUUUGUCAUAUUCUUUGGACGUCUCAUGUGUAUGGCUUUCUUCAAGUCAUUCCAUAGCAUCUCUAUUGGGUUGAGGUCUGGGCUCUGACUUGGUUACUCCAAAAGGCGGAUUUUGUUUUUCUGAAGCCAUUCUUUUGUGCACUUGCUCCGGUGUUUUGGGUCGUUGUCCUGUUACAUUACCCAACUUCUACACAGUUUCAGCUGACGUACAGACAUUCUCACAUUAUCCUGAAGAAUUGUCUGAUAUACUUGGGAUUUCAUCUUCCCCUCAAUGAUUGCAAGCUGGCCAGGCCCUGCUGCAGCAAAGCAGGCCCAAAUCAUGAUGUUUCCUCCACCACACUUUACAGCUGGGAUGAUGUUUUGGGAUUAUGAUGAUAUGCUGUGCCCUUUCUACGCCAGAUGUAGUGCUGUGUGGUUUUUCCAAAUAGUUCAAUUUUAGUUUCAUCAGUCCACAAAACAUUUUGCCAAUACCGCUGUGGAGUGUCAAUGUGCUCUUUUGCAAACUUCAGGCAUGCAGCAAUGUUCUUUUUAGUAAGCAGUGGCUUCCUUCGUGGUGUCCUGCCAUAGAUACCCUGCUUGUUAAAUGUUUUACGUAUUUUAGACUCAUGAACAGAGAUGUUAGUCAGUUCCAACGAUGCCUUCAAAUCUUUGGCUGUCAUUUGGGGUUGUUUCUUUACCUCCUUGAUGAGUCUUCGAUGUGCUCUUGGUGUCAUUUUGACUAGGUGCCAAAAUUCUUGAUAGAGUAGCAACAGUCCCAAAGUGUCUUCAUUUGUAAAAUAUUUGCCUAACUGAAGACUGGUGAAUUUCUAAAGUCUUUGAAAUCACUUUGUGACCAUUGCCAGCUUUAUGUAAAUCAACAAUUCUUGAUCGCAGAUCCUCUGAAAGCUAUCGAGGCAUGGCUCACAUAAGCGUGUACUUCUUGUGCACAGCAAACUCCAAAAGUUUGAGGGGUUUUUAUCAGUCAAAGUAGCUGUAGUCCACACCUCCAAACUCAU